AUGGCUUCAACAAAUGAUAAUAUGGAUGGAGAGAAUUUUAAGUGGACCAAUGAGUACGUGGUGGUCUUUUGUGAGAUUUGUAUCAAAUAUAUUCGAAAGCAUGGGCGUGGAUUAAUGAAAUGGAAAGAAAUUAAAGAAGAGUUUGAAGCUACCGCCAAACGGAAAAUUUCACAUAAAAGUUUAAAGAAUAAGUGGAAUGCUAUGAAAAAAGAAUGGAGAACUUGGAAGCAGCUGAAACGUGAAGAAACUGGUUUAGGGUGGGAUCCUAGUACACAUAAGAUUAGUGGCUCUGAUGAAUGGUGGGAGAAAAAAAUCAAGGAGAACUCCGAGUAUAAAAAAUUUCGUAAUAAAUCCAUCGAUCCUGCAAUGGAUGAUUUGUGGUCUAAAUUAUUUGAAGAUAGCUAUGCAAAUGGUGAAGGUUGUGUUGCACCCACUAUGGAUCCUCAAUUAGUGCAAUCUGUGGAUAUUGAGGAUGAAAAUAUAGAAAAUUUGUUAUAUUCUCAGGAUAACCAACAUUCUUCCCAAUUGCAUGAUUUUGAGGUAGAUGAGUCUUCAUUUUCUUCCCAAUUGCAUGAUUUUGAGGUAGAUGAGUCUUCAUUUCAGAAUAAUUUCAUGAGUGAGGUGAACCAUUGUGUUGGUAACCAAUUGCGAUAUAGAGGGAGAAAAGGAAUUCCUACUUUCAAUGUCAUGGCAGCGUGUGACUUUGAUAUGUGUUUCACUUUUAUAUCUGUUGGAUGGGAAGGAUCCGCACAUGAUACACGUGUAUUUGUUCAUGCAAUUAGUACACCAUCAAUGAACUUUCCCAAGCCGCCACAAGAAAUCAGGGUCCGAAAUACAGUGCAACCAGUGGAAUACGAAGGGUUACAUGUGGUUUGUUUUGAAUGUGGAAUCAUCGGGCAUAGAGAGGAGUGUCCUCCCAUGAAGAUGAAGCCUGUGGAAAACGCUAACAUGGACUUGAACGCUCCGCCGAUGGCUGAAAAAGAGAGAGCCCAACAAUCGGAGAUAGCUGCUCCACCCCCGGCUGCUGUCCCUGAUAAGCCCCGCUACCACUCCUAG